AUGUUGAAAUCGAGGUCUAAAACAGAUCCACUUCUCGAUAUGCCUUGGGGAGAAUCGAAACUCAAUGGGAGUUUCGAAAAUGGGAAGUUAAGUGACAGGGAGGAUGAGAAAAGUAAGGUGAUAGAGUCGCUAGGUGACAUUUUGGAGAAAGCAGAGAAAUUAGAGAUCAUUAAAGAGGUAAAUGGCCCGUUAAAUCCAAACAAACACUCAGUAAAUCAAAUGGAAUACGAGAAGAAUGGUGAAGCCAUUAAUUCAGUGGGAAGGUUGAGACGAAGGAAAAAAAUUAUGAAAAGUGUGUGGCGUAAGGGAAAUCCGGUGGCUAUUAUACAUAAAGUCGUCAAAGAACCUCUAAAACAGGAUCCUUCGUCGCCUAUACCUCCCCAGCCGCCUCAGAAAGUCGAACCAAAAUUACAAUCCAGGCCCUCUUUAGCUUCAUCGCCGACUAACAAGAAACCCGUUGUUUUAAAGGAUGCAAACGAGCCCCCUCUCGCUAGCAAAAGUGACCUGGCAGAAGUAAAAAUAGAACGAAAGCCGAUUCUAGUCGACAAGUUUGCCUCCAAGAAACACGUUGUUUCAAAGGAUGCAAACGAGCCCCCUGUUGCUAGCACAAGUGACCUGGCGGAAGUAAAAAUAGAACGGAAGCCGAUUCUAGUCGACAAGUUUGCCUCCAAGAAACCCGUGGUGGAACGUUUGGUUGCUCAAUCUGUUUCAGCCCCUUUCAAACCUGGGAAAGGGUCCAUUUUGAGAUCCAAAAACGAGUUUCGAAAAAAGGGUGGCCCAUCUGGAGGACCUCGCAGGCGUUUGUUUGACGAUAAUAAUGAUGCUUCUGUAGAGGAUACGUCCGAAGUAAGGCAAAAAGGUAGGAAAUGGAGUAAGGCGAGCCGGAAGGCUGCUAGGCUACAGGCGGCAAGAAAUGCUGCCCCAGUUAGAGUGGAAAUAAUGGAAGUUGAUGAGGAAGGCAUGUUGACUGAUGAGCUGGCUCACAAUUUGGCCGUAACUGAAGGUGAGAUUCUUGGGUAUUUGUAUUCUAUGAGGAUUAGGCUCGAUGGGGUGCAGAAACUGAGUAAGGAUAUUGUGAAGAUGGUAUGCAGGGAGUAUGAGGUGGAGGUUAUCGAUGCUGUGUCCUUGAGAGUGGAGGAUAUGGCAAAAAAGAAGAAGAUUCUCGACGAGGAAGAUUUGGAUAAGUUAGAAGAGAGGCCUCCUGUUUUGACCAUAAUGGGACAUGUGGAUCACGGAAAGACGACACUAUUGGAUUAUUUACGAAAGAGCAAGGUGGCUGCAGGUGAAGCUGGUGGAAUUACACAAGGAAUUGGGGCUUAUAAGGUUCAAGUACCUAUUGAUGGGAAGAAACAAACGUGUAUUUUUCUUGAUACCCCUGGACAUGAGGCAUUUGGAGCAAUGAGAGCACGUGGAGCUCGGGUGACAGAUAUUGCUGUCAUUGUAGUUGCAGCUGAUGAUGGGAUAAGGCCUCAAACAAAUGAGGCUAUUGCUCAUGCUAAAGCUGCAGGGGUGCCGAUUAUUGUAGCUAUAAAUAAGAUAGAUAAGAAUGGAGCUAAUCCUGAUCGAGUCAUACAAGAUCUUUCAUCAAUUGGUCUUAUGCCUGAAGAAUGGGGUGGCGAUGUACCUAUGGUUAAGAUAAGUGCUCUUAAAGGGGAUAAUGUUGAUGAUUUGUUGGAAACCAUCAUACUUCUCGCUGAGGUAGUCAUUGGACUAAAUAAUGUUCCUUUAGCUGGUGAUGAGUUUGAGGUUGUUAGCUCCCUUGAUAUUGCUCGAGAAAAGGCCGAAUCACGAGCUGAGUAUUUGAGGAACGAACAUAUAGCAGCAAAAGCUGGGGAUGGGAAGAUUACUCUUUCUUCUUAUGCUUCUGCUAUUUCAUCUGGAAAAACUGCGGGAAUAGAUUUACACCAUCUCAAUAUCAUAUUGAAGGUCAAUGUUCAGGGUUCCAUUGAAGCUGUCAAACGAGCUCUACAGGUACUUCCGCAAGAUAACAUCACUCUUAAAUUCUUACUGCAAGCAACUGGGGAUGUGAACAGAAGUGAUGUCGAUCUUGCUGUGGCAAGUAAAGCUAUUAUUUUCGGAUUUAAUGCUAAGAUACCCACUUCGGUUAAGAGCUAUGCGGAUAGCAAAAAUGUUGAGAUUCGGUUGUACAAAGUUAUCUACGAACUUAUUGAUGACAUGCGAAAUGCAAUGGAGGGGCUCUUGGAUCCUGUUGAGGAAAGGGUGCCGAUAGGUUUGGCCGAAGUAAGGGCCGUGUUCAGUAGUGGCAGUGGCCGAGUUGCAGGCUGCAUGGUAACUGAGGGUAAAGUGGUCAAAGAUUGUGGUAUUCGGAUACUAAGAAAACGAAAGGAAGUUUAUGCGGGCAUACUUAGUUCUUUGAGACGGGUAAAGGAGAUAGUGAAUGAGGUAAAUGCUGGAUUAGAGUGUGGUAUUGGUAUAGAAGAUUUUAAUAACUGGGAAACCGGCGAUAUUAUCGAGACCUUUAACACAGUGCAAAAGAAAAGAACACUAGAAGAGGCAUCUGCGUCUAUAUCAGCCACACUCCAAGCACGAGGGGUACAAUUGUGA